UUUCAAAUACAUGAAUUAAGACACGAGGUUUAGAACACUUCCACAAAUUCCUAUGAGCAAGUUCGCCAGGAACUUCUCGUGCCGCAUGCCUGGUCUUGGGAAAUGCAAGCAUGGAUGCAUCUGGCAUUGAUCGAGGCAGAUUUGGGUGGAUUUUAUCUGGAAUUGGGAAUCUAGAAUUGAAAACUAUGGAGAAAAAGCUAGAAAAACUGUUCAUGACAGCUACUGACCACUCCAAGGCUUCCAAGUCGCUUUAAAAGUCCGGAAAUAUUGACACAAGCACCACAGAAAUGGAUCUAGCACAGAAAGACAGCUACUGACCACUCCAAGGCUUCCAAGUCGCUUCAAAAGUCGGGAAAAUAUUGACACAAGCACCACAGAAAUGGAUCUAGCACUUGCUGUGAGCUUCUUAAUUUUCAUUGCUCUCUUGAUCUUGUGGUUCUUGAAAGCUGGCUCAAAUCUUCCACCAGGUCCAUGGGGAUUACCCCUGAUUGGCCACUUACACUUGCUAGCAGGAAUGCCCCCGCACAGAGCAUUGCAACGCAUAGCCAACAAGUAUGGUCCUAUUACUUCCUUGAGGCUGGGAAUGAUCCCAACUGUGGUAAUAUCCAGCCAGGAGCUUGCCAAGGAGGUCUUCACCGCACACGAUUUAAAUUUUGCUUCCAGGCCAUACUUGGCUUUCUGGAAGCACCUCAUCUAUAACUUUUCUGGAGGUUCAAGUAGUCCCUAUGGAGAGCUAUGGCGAAACACCCGCAAGCUCUGUACAAUGGAGCUCUUCACGGCCAAGUGUAUCGACUCCUUCUCCUGGGUCAGAAGGGAUGAGCUUUCUCGUGCCUUGGAGGGAAUUUUGAAGGCCCAUGGCGAUGGCAAACCUGUGGAGGUGAGAAAAGUGGCCAGUGUUUUCUCCUUCAACGUCACAUCACGAAUUUUGAUGGGUAAGAGGUACUUUGGUGAUGAAAACGUAGAUGCCCAUGCCAUGGAAUUCAAGGAGCUCAACGACAAUGUUCUUGAGCUGGCGAUCAAUCCCUGUGUUAGCAACUUGGUGCCCUGGUACUUGCGAUGGCUGGACUGGCAGAUCCCUCGCUACAAGCGAAUCCAUGCCAAGCAAGACGAGUUCUUGCAAAAGAUUGUUGAGGAGCACAAAGAGAGGACACGGGAAUGCAAGGACUUCCUGGAUAUCAUGCUCGACUUCUUUGGAGCAGGGACACAAGGGGAGACUUACGUAAAGGCGAAUCUCAUGGAGAUGUUUAUUGCUGGAACUGAUACCACCACCACCGUCAGCGAGUGGCUCAUGGGUGCAGUGAUGCACAAUCCUCGAGUCAUGGCCAAGCUCCACGAGGAGCUCGAGAGGGUUGUGGGCAACACUCGGAUGGUACAAGAGUCGGACCUGCAAAAGCUUGAGUACCUCCAGAUUGUCCUCAAGGAAUCACUCAGACGCUAUCCCCCGGGAGCCUUACUCCUGCCGCGCAUCUCAAGGCAAGCAGCAAACGUUGGCGGCUUUCACAUUCCAAAAGGGACCACUCUCCUGGUGAAUACAUGGGCGAUUGGAAUGGAUCCGGCAGUGUGGGAGAAUCCCACACAAUUCCACCCGGAGCGCUUCUUGGGGAGCUCCAUCGAUGUCAAAGGCCACAACUUUGAGCUCCUCCCGUUUGGUUCCGGGCGGAGAAAGUGUCCGGGAAUGGGCAUGGGAUUGCGAUCGGUGGAGCUGCUCGUGGCAAAUCUCAUCCAUGGCUUCAAUUGGAGCUUUGUGCCUGGGACAAUGCCGUCCAUGGAAGAGGUUUACCGCAGUGCUCUGAAGCUCGAGACCCCAUUGCAAGCCAUGGCCAGUCCAAGGCUCCCCCAGGAGGUCUACACCAAAUUUUAAAGAUCACUUAUCAUGGCAUUCAAUGAAAUAAAUUAGUCUCACCACGGGUUAUUCGAAGCAAUGAAAUUAUUAUUAUUAUUAUCAUUA